AUGGAUACAACUCAUCUAUCACCCGCAAAAUGGUGCUUGGAGAUGGUCCAAGGACUGGCUUGGGCGCACUUCCGUAUGGACUUUGAAUCGCUACCACCUACAUCGAGCCUCAACUUCCGAACCCGAUCUGAUCAAGAAUACAUUAAGAAGCCUGUGGAUACUGGACCACUAAAGAGAAUAUAUCAGCUGCAAGACAUCAGUACUGUCAUACUUCAGGUUGGUUUUACGGAAGAAUCAAAUGAGGAUGAUUCGAAUUGUCUCGUUUGGGUGGGUUAUCGUAACGAUAGUCGCAAUCAGAUACGCUACGAGCCCUUCUGUGACAUCGUGGAAAACCAAUGCUCGGAACGCAUAGUGUUUCGCAUGGCUCGAGCGCUUGUGUUGUAUUACUUUCUGGCUGCCGGCUACAUCGACGUGAUUGAUGACUACGACACAUUUUGGACGGAUUUCAGAACGGCAUGUAGCUGGGUUGCGCGCAAUGGACAACAUCCCAAGGCGACAUCGCAUUCGCUACAGAUGGCCGGGGAGAAACCUGGGAGCGAAAAUACAUCGAUGAAACAAAACCAUUUGAACUUGGUGCUUGAAGACGUGAGGAACGAAUGCCAGGAGGCGAAAACUACCGCGGAGAAGCAGGGGAAGCAUGCAAAUUCCGAGCCGGGCACUUUAGAGUCUCCAAGGCUGAAACGCCACAAGCGCAAUCCCAUCCCCAGUGGAGAUGAAGUUCAGUCAGUAAAUUCGGCUUCAAACAAGCAGGAUAUAACAAGCAAAGCUGUUCAGACUGGACCAAACCUGUCCGAGGGAGCUCUCACCAAUUGUGGAAUCCACGCCGAGGCCGGAGAGACAGAAUCUUUGCAGCUCAAGCUCCGACACAAGGCCCCUCACAAGUUUUACGACAUAUUAGAGACUCGAAGCCACGCGUUCAUGACUGAAAACAUACGAUUACGAGCAGAAAAAGAAGCACUCAGCACAAGUGUGAACCUUCUGCAGACGCAAAAGGACUACGACCAAAACGCUUACAGUGGUCUCAAGUCCAAGCACGACCAGCUGGUACACGAUGAGGAGACUGUAAGACAGGUGCACGAACAGCUCAAGGCCACUUGCAAGCUUCUGGAACGACGAAUUAUAGUGGCAGAGACUGCCGCCGCAAAGUAUCAGCGAAAUCUUCAAGAGGAACAGAAGCAAGCUCAGGCGGCAGAGACGAAAUGGAAGAAGAGCAUGGCGAGUUUAGUGCGACUUCGGCAGCAUAUGAGGACAUCGGCUGGUGAGCUGGACCGAGAGUACGGUGAGCUGCAGGAGGACAAGUAA